GCUUCUUAAUUCGCUUAUAAGGUUAGAGGUCGUGUCGUCUACUUGAUGUAUCAUCCACGCGUCUCUUCCAAUCAUUAGACGAUUUUGAUGAAUAGAUGGAAACGCAACCACCUUCCGAUUUCCUCAAUACCAAAAAAUCAAACAAUCCGCGAUUCCACAAUACGCGCCCAUCACCACCAUGGAGGUAUCGACCGCGUGCAGAUUUCCCUGGAUGUAGAAAUGAGAGUCAGGAGUCCGAGGGUACUGGUGCGCAUGGUGUGACCGAAGUAAACGGUUUACGCAGAGGGGAGGAGGCGAUGGAGGGGGCGUACCCAGGUGAGCAGCGCAGAGCGCGGCCGAGAGAGUCUGUGGAAGAGCCCGUCGAGGAAUAUGGGAGGGAGGUGAGGAGGUAG